AUGGGUGCUGCCAUCCCCAUAGACGGUCAACAGUCUGUUCUGCAUCAAGAUGAAUUCAAUAGGCGAUCUUCUAGCUUGUCUUUGGCACAAGAGGUAACGCACUCGGUAAUGCCUCUUCCACAUCGAGACAAAGCCUCGUCCCAGGCCCGACGAGAGACAAACCAUAUGGUGACUAGGCCUAGACCCUCGAACCGUGGCCGGACCAAUACGAUGGUUCAAGCCCAUUUUGCGCUUCCUCCACGUGAGAUUGCAGAUAAACUUCUGGACUCGUACUUCUCAAGUGUUCAUAUAUUCUACCCUUGGGUACACUCCGUGGCCUUUUGGGAGGAAUGUGACCGCCUCUGGACUGUAUCAAAUGGGGAAACGCAAACACCUUUCCAAAAUUUAGACAUUGGGUUAGGCGGAACCAAUUACACAAAACAUAUCUUCUUCUGCACCCUCAAUGCAGAGUUUGCUAUAGGAUAUCAGUUUACAGACUUUUCUCUCAAUGAGAAGGAAAAUCUGGCUUCUGUGUUCUUUGGAAGAAUGAAAGAUCUUCUUAACGAUGCACUUGACGGCGGUAGUAUCUCCCACGUCCAAGCUCUAUUACUAGCAGGGCACUACCUAUUGUGCACCCAAUACCCAUCUCGUUGCUGGAAUAUCGUGGGUACCGCCUGUCGAAUGGCUGUCGGACUGGGACUUCAAGCAAGUUCCCUGUCCAGUCCUGUACCUUAG